ACCUUUUUUAUUGCAGCUGUAUCUGCAGCAGGAAGCACAGAAGCAGAAGAUGCAUUGAUCUCUGAAUAUUGCGGUUCUAAGGUGAAAUUAUGUGGUUCUCCUUCAUGCAUCGAAGUCGUAGCAUGAUUUGGCACACUCUGAGCUGCAGAAACAUCCUGAGACUACGGAGUUCAAUGACUAAGUUACACUUAUACAGCUGCCUUUUUAGCAUAUACACAGCAGAGCUAUUUGCCAGUAACUGUUUAAUAUCAUAGACAACAUGAGCUUGGCUCACAAUCAGAAGGGAGGUUGUCGAGAUAGCAAUAGAAGUGUGCAUAGUACUCACUCUUCAUCGUCAUCGUCUUCAUCUUCUUCUUCUUCCUCCUCCUCUUGGACUUACCCCACACCGGAUCCCCCAGAUGGAGGGUGGGGAUGGGUGAUAACCUUUGCUUCUUUCAUCAUCCACUUGAUAGCUGAUGGAAGUGCCUUCACAUUUGGUGUGCUGUAUGCAGAGUUCAUGGACUACUUCCAAGAGAGCAACACCAAGACAUCACUUAUAGGCUCCCUCUAUGUUGGCAUUCCACUUCUCUGUGGACCACUAGGGGGAGCCAUGACAAGCCGUUUUGGAUGUAGAAUUACAACUAUAGUUGGAGCUAUUAUGGGGGCAACCGGCAUGAUAUUGAGCUACUUUGUGGAAUCUAUGGAUGUGUUAUUCUUCACAUAUGGUGUAAUAUCUGGCAUUGGAUUAUCCAUGGUAUAUGUACCUGCAAUUGUUGUAAUUGCAAAUUAUUUUGAAGACAGGCGAGCAUUUGCAACAGGGUUGGCCGUUAGUGGUAGUGGUAUUGGAACUUUCAUUUUUGCUCCUCUCACGGAAUAUCUGAUCAACGAAUAUGGUUGGCAGGGAACAUCUCUGUUGAUUGGUGGAAUUAUGUUGAAUAUGUGCAUAUGUGGUGCCCUCUUUAGGCCAUUACUCAGCAAGAGAGAAAAAAAGAGGUACAGGUACCUUCACACUUUAGAGAAGUUUUCAGCUUCUGUACACAACGUGCAACAUGGAAACAAAACACCAGGGAAUAUGUCCAAGACAGGCUCAUUGGAUUGUUUGUCAACGACAAUCCAUGAUGGAAAGCAGAUUCAUCAUAAUACCACAGUGCAAAUAACAGUGACUCAGGCCCCAGACCAAGAUGGACCUUCUAUUCCAUUGCAGCAUCCCAGAAACCAUGCUGUUGAUGCCAAGGUGUUGCCAUGGUUGAAAGAUGUACAUCUUCCGCGUGAAUGUAAAAGUCUGAGUGCACUGCCAGAUGAAGCGGUAGAUUUUGACUUAGAAGAUAUGGUUGAAAAUACUGAUGAAAUGACUGAGAUAGCAGAUAGACCUGGCUUACCUAAAAAUAAUGUUAAUGCCCUAAAUCAUGGUCAUUAUAAAAAGCACAAAAAGAAAAACACAGCCGAGAACCGUGUAUGGAAAAAGCAUCAUGGCAAGAAGAACCCCAAACUUGCCCCAAGUUGUAUUCCUGUAACUGAGAGUGCUCAGGUUUUCAAAAAGGAUACAUUUUAUCGGGGGUCACUUAUACGUACUCCAGGUAAUAUGCCUCAGGUACACAAAGUCAAAUUCAAGGCCACCAGCUGUCCCGAUAUCUUUCUAAAGCAUCCAGCAUCGUCAUCAAGUUCCUCUUCAGAUACAGAUAUAUGGGACACUUGUGGACUCUUACAACUGGUCAGGCUGUCAAAGGGGGUCAGGAACAUUGUUCGUGAAAUGACAGAUGUGAGUUUGGUGAAGAAUCCAUAUUUUUUGUUGUUUUUCUUCUCAAAUGUGUUCCUGUACCUUGGCUAUGACAUUCCAUACAUGUAUUCUGUGGAAAGGGCUUUGCAUUUGGGAUACGACAACAACAAGGCAUCCUUCAUCAUCUCAGUGGUCGGCAUUGUCAGCAUGGUUGGACAGCUUGUUUAUGGUUACCUUGGUGACCACCAAUGCAUCAACAUUCUUCUCCUAUACGGCUUGUCUGUGAUUGGCUGUGGAGUUGCCGUGAUGCUGAUUCCCACAGUGAAUACAUAUGAGGGCAUGUGUGUGAUGAUAGGGCUGUUUGGGUUCCUUUUGUCAGCGAACUACUGUCUGGAAUCAGUGGUCAUUGUGGAGCUCCUCACUCUGGACAAACUGACCAAUGCUUAUGGCCUGAUCAUGCUUGGACAGGGAAUGGCUAACCUAAUAGGGCCACCCAUAGCAGGUUAUUUUACAGACACAACUGGAAGCUUCGAUUUCUCUUUCUUCCUAUUUGGUGCCGUCAUUAUCCUGGCGGGGGUCUUGCCACUGCUGAUACUCUGCGCCAAGUGGAGCAGGAAGGGAAAAGAUGGCGAAGGAGUUGAAGAAGGGGGAGCCACAAACAAAGACAGUCCCAAUACUAAUGACGUUGUGGUGACAGCUAGGGAAACUGUGCUAUAGUAAUGUCAUAUUGGUUUUCCUUAUAGAUUAAUCAGUCCUGAAAUUAACUUGAAAUAUACAUUGAUAUAGAUCUGAUUAGAACUGGGUCAUUUUUUGGAUUGGCAAUGUAGAACAGGGUCAUAUCUGAGAUCAAAGUUAGCAAUUAUUAUUUCAAUUGACCAUGCUUAGGUGGAGCCACUGAGGAGGACUGGGUUAGUUAAAUCAGCUGUUCCACUUUAUAUGAAGACAUAGAAGCUUCGAUGAUAUAUACUAAGCCAUGUGUGUUCCCAACCUGUUAAAAAGUUCUAGAUCUGGAUAGCUAGUUCAAGUUCAAAGCUACUCAUAUUAAUGAGUGAAUGCCAUUGGUGCAACCAAGUCGGGGCCACAGAAGUGUAAUAUAACAUAAAGAACAGUGACUUGACUGAUACAGGGAUAUUGAGAAAAAAAACUGUCUAUCUGAACAUGUAACCUAUCGAUCAAGAUUUGAAUAUUCACCUAAUGGCAGGUGACCUUUUUGUUUCACACGAACUUCAGUUUUGUUCAGUAAGGGUUUUUGAUGUAUUAUCUGGAAAGUCUGGUGCGUUUUUUAUAAUAGUCCUGAUAAGUGGCAGACUAAGAAAGGGUUAAGCAAUCAAUUUUGUUAUAAGAAGUAUAAACAUAAACAUUUUAUUAGUAUAUAUUUAAUCAUUGUAAGCCAGUAUUGAUCAACUCUGCCUUUUCUUUUUGUUCUUCUUUUUGUGUGUUAUGACAACUGAUUGAAUUUUUUUUUAAUUUUUAAAUAUUUACAAUCUAUUUCCAGCCAGCCAAUAUUCUUCUUUUACAGUGCCACUUACAUAGCUUGGUGAUACUGUUGUUUAUAUGCUGACGGUAACAUUUUUCUUGCCAAAAUUUGAAAUUUAGUUCCCAGUUGAGUAGAUAUUACAGUGUUUAGAGGAGAAUGAUUGAUUAUAUUCACCCUAAAUCUGUUAUGACCUUUUCUGAGACUUUUCACCAAACAAACUCAGUGGGUAACUACAAACCUGUGGUUAUAUUCACAGUUUAUUUCUCUCAUUACUUCUUGAUUUAUUGACAAGUUUGAAAUCCCCAUUUUAUAAUGUUCGACCACAUGUUGAUACUGGUGCUGCUCCAGGUAGAUAUGACUGAUUGCACAACUGCUUAAGACUGCGUUCAGAACAGCGGAGUGAUCCAAUAUGGCAACCCACCAAAAAGUUUGCUGCUUAAUUCCCAAUAAGACACUGAAUAGAUUUCCUGCGGGGAUUACGCAGCGUGCAUUCAAAUGGGUUGGCCAUAUUUGAUCCGCGGAUCUGUUUGUCCACUGUUCUGAGUGGGCUCUAAAAGGCUUAAAAGUCUAGGAUGUUUUUGCUCACUUAAGUUGCAUGCAGCUAGCACAAAAAUGCAUGUGUAAUAGCACUUAUAUUUAUGUUUAUGUGCUAACUUAUGAAAGAUAUUGGUAUAAACAACUUAAACUGCUGUCAGCUGGCUAAUCAUCUCCAUAUCUGGGGCUCGCAAAUCUUUGGCUUUCCUAUCACCACCUCAAAUCUCGCACUGCAGAAAGGCCAACCUUUUUUUUUUUUCUGCUGAUAGCCCUGUGCAUAGGUUAAGGUACAUCAGCUCACUUGCCAGUUAUUACCAUGUGAAUUAGAAUGAAAAAAAAAA